UCGUACUGAUGACUGUGAAUAAAGAAAGAAAAAAAAAAAAAAAAAAAAAAAAAAUAACAAUAAAUAAAUAUAUAAAUAAUAACCUUUAAAUAUCAAAAGGACAGGUCGAUGGUUAAAAAGUGAAAGAAAGGUCGAAAAAAUGGUCGUGGUUGUAGGAUAAUCUGUAGGAGAAACGCGGCCGCACAAAUACUCGAACAAACGUGUCUGAGAUAGAUCCAUUGAGCUAGUUGCAAAAGUGUUAGAAAUAAUGGAUAAGAGAAAGAAAUGAAAUAGGUUGGAGAAAGAGAGAGAAAAGAAAAACCCCAGGAUCAUGUCUAAAAGAAUAUACGUGACUUUAUCUGUAUAUUUCUGUCUGUAUGCGUACGUGAGAGAAAAAGAGGAAGAAAGAGAAUGAGAAAAAGAGACAGAAAGAGAGAGAGAGAGAGAGAGAAAGAGAGAGAGAGAGAGACAGAGAGAGAGAGAGAGAGAAAGAGAACGUUCCUGGUCCACCUGUUGCAUGCGUCGGUAUUCUCGAUUCGCCAUGUCAACGAAGGAGCCAAUCGUGGGUGUCCAUUAGCCGUGCACGAUGGUGGGAGCAGAAGGAUUCGUCUGGUUGGCCGUCGGAACGAACUUUUCCCACGUCCCACGGGAGUCGGGCCACUCGACGCUCAGCGGAUCCCGCGGAUUCGCCCCGGACUCCUCUCACCACCGGCAACCUACUCUCUCACUGAUCCUGCCACAGUCCUUGCCACGCUCUCGCUACGAUCCGCGAUUGUCUCUCGACGUCUCGCAUUUCAAAUUUACCUGUCGUCCGUAAAUUUCGUUUAGUUAAUCAUCCUGAAAACUCCUUAGGACACUUGGAAUGAUCAUCGUCUUUGCCGUGAAGUGGGAAUUCGUUAGAAAUCAAAUUGAACUUGAUUGAUCAUAAAACUGUUUAAAGAGAUAUUAUUGUUGAACGAGAGAAAUUUAUUAUAUAUUUCUCAAAAAAAGUUCGUAUGUGUUUAGAGAAAGUUAGUGGAUAUCGCGGUGGGAUCGACAAAAAAAAUCGAUAUGGAUGCGCCUAGGAAUUUUUUCGAUGGGCGCAUAAUUUGAUUUCUAAUUAUUAAGAGGAAAAAAAAAUUAAAAAGCAAGAAAGAAAAAGAAAAAAGGGAAGAGAAAAAGAGAAGAGAGAGAGAGAGAGAGAGAGAGAGAGAAAGAAAGAGAGAGAGAGAGAGAGAGGGUGUUUGUGUUAAAGUUUUUUCAUUUAAAUGCAACGAAAGAUAACCGCCAAAAUGUGCAUCGAUUCGAUUCAAAGUUGUUAAGUUGUUCCGCGCUUCGGCACCGCGAUUCGAGUUACGCGGGAAUUCGAACGGACGAGGAAAUACCGUCGGAAUGUCGUCGAAAACGCUUCACAACGAGCACAUUAAGAGGCCGAUGAACGCGUUCAUGGUAUGGUCUCGUGGACAGCGACGUAAAAUGGCACAGGAAAAUCCGAAAAUGCAUAACUCCGAAAUUUCUAAACGACUUGGAGCAGAAUGGAAGCUACUAAGCGAAAGUGAAAAGCGGCCCUUCAUAGACGAGGCUAAGAGAUUAAGAGCCCUACACAUGAAAGAACACCCGGACUACAAAUAUCGACCACGACGGAAACCGAAGAAUUUAGUGAAGAAAGAAAAUAAAUUCGGUUUUUCAAUAUCGCCAUUGAUGUCGCCUGGUGAUACCCUCGGCAACAUAUCUCGUGGUCUUUUACCACCAUUGGCACCACCUUCGCAUCAUCAUCCUCUGAUAGGUCACGACGAUCUCAAGAUACCUCGUUUCUUCCCACCGUUUCCGUAUCCCCUCUAUCCGAUUCAACACAAGUUGGGUGACGAAUUGAACGGUGGUAAAUUGGCUGCGGAUUUGGCCUUCCAAGCACUAUACGGUGGUAGUACGUUUUAUUCGAGUCACCAAGCGGUAUCCUGGCCAGGAUUACCGGCGACGACGUGUCUCCAAGCUAAUUGUGGUUGUCCUAGUCCACCGAAGGAUCCGAAAAGGACGUAUUUGCCGUCGAAGUUGGAGGAGAGACCCUUUUCGAGUCCGGGUAAACACGAGGACGAAACUUUUCCGAUCGAGCGUGAUACUACCAUCGAAGAAUCUCGUUACAGAAAGUUAGAGGACGAAGGAUUAACUUCGACAUUGGAAAGGCAUCAAGAAGAAAGAUCGAGAGAUCGUUUCUCAUCAUCUUCUUCCUCAUCUCCAACCGAUCGACCAGAAAGGGUAUCUAGUACGACAUCGGCAACGACAACGAGUACGGUGACUAAAGUUGAAAGCGUAUUCUCCGUACAAAAUCUUACAUCACCUAGCACGAAUUUGACGUCCCAUAGAAGUCACGUCAUAUGAAGACCGCUGCCGGUUCUCCCGGAUCUAAACUUCCGGGGGAACCUUCUACCAACCGGUUGGCCGACGGCAACCGAUUGGUGGAGAAUACCACCGAUGCUUUCACCGAUUCCACAAGCUAGUGUCACUAAUUUACCAUCGGCUAACAUAAAGGACGACGAUGUUCACUUUCAGGAAGAACAUCAGAGAAAUUCUGUCGUCUCCAGAACGACUGGAAGGACUGGCUUGCACGUCGGUGCCGCGCAAUGAAAUCUUCUUGAGAAGUAUCAUUAGGUGGACGAGUCAAGUGCAUUUACUGAAACGUGAUAGAAAUGCUUUCAGACUUCUUUUACUUUUCUUUUAACGUGUUUAAAGAAUUUAUGAUAAAUAUCUAAAAGCAGUGAUAUUACGUAAACUUCAUUUCUCCUACGUGUUGUUUGUUGUUUAUCUCAGCUCUAAUAAAAGCAAGAAAUAAUCGACGAUUCUCGCUAAAGAACGUUAUAUCCAAGGUAAGAUGGCCGAAAUUAUUCAAAUUUCGUCGCGUUACUUUAACAAUUGAUAAAAUAACAUGGAACGAUGGAACGAUGAAAUUCGAUACGUAAUGUCGACGAAAGCCAGAAAAUUAUUAUGUUAAUUGAGACAAUCCCAACAUAGAGAAGAAAAAAAAAAAAGAAGAGGAGAGAACAAAGAAAAUAAAGAAAAAAGAAAGCGAUGGCUCCACAACUACCUCCCCCCCCCCACCCUCUACCGAUCGCCCGUUGAAAAUUUCGUGAAAAACAUUUCCUUCUUUCAAAGCCAUCUAGUGAGUUAGAUAGUCGAAAUCGAUAACACGGUGUUACGAAAAUCCCACAAAGAGAUACGGUACUCCCUUCUGGGAGAUACUCCGUACACGUUGGAAAUACUAGAAGAGUCCGAUUUUGAUGAGACAACCAACCCUCUCAUACCACAUAUUACCUACAUACAUGCGAAUCGGGCGUGUCUUUGCCAACCCACGAAAAACAGAAAGAGAAAGGGAGAAAGGACGUAGGAGGGGUUGUAUGCGAGAUCGAGAGAGAAAGGAUGGAAGAUGGAAAGGGUGAGAGAGAGAGAGAGAGAGAGAGAGAGAGAAAGAGGGAGAGACAGAGAGGGGAAAAGGGAAAUAGGGAGGGGGUAGGGAUGGAGGAGAAAAAAACCUCUUCCAGUGGAGGCAAAUCUCUUCUUUGGGAUGCGGCCAUGCGAAAUAAGCCAAACGUUUUGAAUGCUAACGUAGAUGCGAGAACGGACCCGACACGUAUGUGCUGUACGCGUUCACGGCUAUUUUGUUGCGGUGGCGUUUUCGCGACGACGAAACGCAUCGAUACAACCCGCGAAAUUAUUCAGCGAAAACGUAUGUAUGUAUGUAUAUAUGUAUGUAUGUAUGUAUGUAUGUAUGUAUGUAUGUAUGUAUGUAUGUAUGUAUGUAUGUAUGUAUGUAUGUGUGUAUGUAUGUAUGUAUGUGUGUAUGUAUGUAUGUACCUACGUAAACGUUUCCGCGUACGCUUCACGGGAAUAUCGAUCACGAGGAAGGUAUUCGCGAAUCACCCGUUGCGUAUGUAAUUACGUAAAAUCGAAUUUUCUUGUUGUUCGAUGCCAAACGGAGUACCUAUCGUUGUCCCCGUCUAGCCAUUAUUCCAUUGUGUAUAUUUUAUAGAUUUUAUUUUGUGACGAUCGCGCAUAUAUAGAAUUUCUGGUGCUUACAAAAAAGAAAAAGAAAAAGAAGAAAAGAAGAAAAAAAAAAAAAAAAAGAAAGAAAUAAGUAGAACUUUUCGAAGCGGAUUUCAUUUCUCUAAAUUUUUCUUGUUUUUUAAUUUCUUAAAAUUUUCUUGUACUACAAUGACGCGUCAUACAAUUAGAUUUUCUAAUCAUAUUAAUUCAAUGUAGGAAAGAAUUAACGGCUAUCAAGAUAGUGCUGGCGCUAAAUUGAACUUUCAAUAUAAAUGAGAAUUCAUUCAUUAUUUUGUUGAAUAGUAGUUAUAUUUACUUAUCGUUUUCUUCGUGAAAAAAUUGUUACGAAAUCGUGCAAUCAAGUCCUUUUGUAUUUUAGUAUUAUAUUAUCGUCUGUUAAAUAGUUCUUAUUGAGUUAAGGGCCACGCGUUAAUAAAUUCCGAAGGGACACGCUAACGAAUUUCAAUAAUACAUUAGAAUGACUCUAAAAAAGUCAAAGACGCAUUUUACUUAAAGCGUUCCACAAAAGAUGUAAAAUAAGUAUAAUGUAAAACAUAUCUAAUAAAUAGAAACAUAUCUUUCGAGUACGUAUGUAGCGCGUUCGUCUCUAUGUAAAAGAAAAAGAAAAAAAAAGAAAAAAAAAGAAAAAAAACAAAAAAGAAAAAACUCCAAAAAAAAGGAAGACAAAGCAAAAAAAAAAAAGUCUCUCAUGUACGAUCCGUCGAAUUUUUUCCAUUAACUUAAAUCCAACUGCGUUGUAUUACACGCCGAGGUGACAUAUAAAAUAAUCACUGUUAAUUCAUGCUGUAACAUAUUGCAAUUUGUAAAUAAAAUCACGAAUUAAUUACU